GGGUGGGAAGCGGACGCCUGCUCGCUACCUGCAGUGGCGGCGCGAAGCUCCCGAUGGCUUCCUGGCCGUCAACUUCAGCGGGGAGCAUGUCGAAAAGUUCCGUGAGCGAGGCCAGCAUCACUUCCGUCGGCAAGGUUCCGACGGCGCUGCUCUGCUGCCGUCUGUUCAGACCUAAGAUAAGCGGCUGUGGAUGUGCCCUGUUAGUGCUCUGUGCAACGUGCUUUGUCGCCGCCGUGACGAUAAACAGAGGCCUCGGGGCCUGGUCAUCCAUCUUUGCUGCAGAAACGGUUGUCCCGAAGGGAGCUAUCCAUCAAGCAGGCUGGAGGGCAGUGACGCGAAACAGAACAACCGCAUCCCUCCCUGCAGUCCGGAGGAGGCGACCAGUUGCCAGCCACGCCGGUACAGCACCGGCGAAACACGUGCACGACAGGAGACGCCCUCGCAAAGUGGUUGCUGCUGCCGAACGAGUACGCGUCACCACAGAAGAAACAGAGGAGGAGGUCAUGCCACCGGCGGUCGUCGCCACCACUGCUUCCGGAAGUGAUCGGGAGGCAUCAGGACCACAGCGGCGGCGAAUUGCGCGUGCCCAGCACAGACGGCCCACGACCGCUAGAUCCGAGUCCCCACGUGAGCCCCCGAACGAUGCGGAUGAAAUCUUCCCGGACCAGGAAACUCCCAUGCCGACAGACCUUCCUACUGCGGCCGAGACUCUUCAAGACGAUGGGGAUCAAAAUUCUGAUGGAACAAGCAGUGAAUCAGACUCUGGUGAAACGACAACAGAAAUUAUAUCACCCGAAAGUACAGCGAUGUGGAGAUCAAUACUGGAAAACUCGUCCGAGCCUUACUCGCUAACCAGCGAGGCGAUGUCUAUGUCUCCCAAAUUCACGAGUGUCACCGAUUCAAAGGAGGAAACUGUGCUUGAAACUAACCGAAUAGCAGGUGAUUCAGAGCACCCGAAAGGACAUCCACCAAGCGGCAGCAUGGAUACGUCUGCGUCUCCGCAACCUCAGAGUUCCACAGUAGACCUACUUGAUUUUAAGAUGUUACCUCUGCCAACGAAGGUGACAGAGGACGAUGGGGAAUUAGCAACAAACAAGUCCAAUUCUACUGAAUCUCCGUUUACCUUGAGCAGCACGGAAACCGUGUAUGAAACAAUGACAAUCACAGGUGAUUCAGAGCACCCGAAAGGUCAUCCACCAACCGGCAGCAUGGAUACGUCUGCGUCUCCACAACCUCCGAGUUUCACAGUAGAGCUACUGGAUUUUGAGAUGUCACCUCUGCCAACUAAGGUCACAGAGAAAGAUGAGGAAUUGCCAACAAACGAGUCCAGUUCUACUGAAUCUUCAUUAACCUUCAGCAGCACGACGUAUUUGGAGUACACAGACGACGCUGACGACGAGCACGAGGAGAACUCAACAGCUCCAUCAUUGACGCCGUCGGCGUACAAUGGCUUCGCACCAAAUGCGACCGAUGCCACAGAGUCAGAACCAGAAGUGAACUCUAUGGCGCCGACGGAACCUGACAGCGUGACUGAUGUAAAUUCAACGGACACUGAGGAGGAUGAGGAUGAAGAUGAGUUAACUACGCCAUCAUUCAUGCCUUCGGUGCACAGUAACUUCACAUCAAAUGCGCCGAAUGUCAAUGAGACAGAACCAGAAGUGAACUCUUCGGCGACAGAACCUGACAGCUUCACCGCUCCACAUUCAGCGUCUUCGACUGAGAUGACGGAAAAGAGGAACUCGAAAUACACCGCAGUAGAGACGUCGGAGUCACCGGGCAUCGAAUUCCGGGACCUAGAGCAAACGUUAGCAUCCAUGCAACCUUACGACGUGACUGACUUUAUUCCGGCGUCCUCAGCCGAGAUGACAGGACAGACGCCUUCGCAUUACAGCGUAGCAGAGGCAUCGCAUUCGGCAAGCACUGAAGCGAGCCCCGAGGAAACGACAGCGUCCGUCGAAACGUAUAACGCAACUGACCUUAUCCCGGCGUCUUCGACUGAGAUGGCGGAAAAGAGGAACUCGGAAUACACCGCAGUAGAGACGUCGGAGUCACCGGGCAUCGAAUUCCGGGACCUAGAGCAAACGUUAGCAUCCAUGCAACCUUACGACGUGACUGACUUUAUUCCGGCGUCCUCAGCCGAGAUGACAGGACAGACGCCUUCGCAUUACAGCGUAGCAGAGGCAUCGCAUUCGGCAAGCACUGAAGCGAGCCCCGAGGAAACGACAGCGUCCGUCGAAACGUAUAACGCAACUGACCUUAUCCCGGCGUCUUCGACUGAGAUGGCGGAAAAGAGGAACUCGGAAUACACCGCAGUAGAGACGUCGGAGUCACCGGGCAUCGAAUUCCGGGACCUAGAGCAAACGUUAGCAUCCAUGCAACCUUACGACGUGACUGACUUUAUUCCGGCGUCCUCAGCCGAGAUGACAGGACAGACGCCUUCGCAUUACAGCGUAGCAGAGGCAUCGCAUUCGGCAAGCACUGAAGCGAGCCCCGAGGAAACGACAGCGUCCGUCGAAACGUAUAACGCAACUGACCUUAUCCCGGCGUCUUCGACUGAGAUGGCGGAAAAGAGGAACUCGGAAUACACCGCAGUAGAGACGUCGGAGUCACCGGGCAUCGAAUUCCGGGACCUAGAGCAAACGUUAGCAUCCAUGCAACCUUACGACGUGACUGACUUUAUUCCGUCAUAA